ACAUCAUGAUAAUUUACCGCUCAUAUUAAAAAUAUUUUGGAUUCACGAGAAAAUGUCGCUCUGUAGACAAAAUUUUCAUGAAGAAUGCGAGGCUGGAAUCAAUAAGCAGAUUAACAUGGAGUUAUAUGCCAGCUAUGUAUACAUGACCAUGGCUUUCCAUUUUCACCGUGAUGAUGUUGCACUGAAUGGGUUUUAUAAGUUUUUCUUGAAAGAGUCUGAAGAAGAGCGACAACAUGCACUUAAGUUGAUGACGUAUCAAAACAUGAGGGGUGGUCGUAUUGUUUUACAAGAUAUCUCAGCACCUCCCCAACUCUCUUGGACUUCUGGCCUGCAAGCAAUGCAAGAUGCAUUAGAUUUGGAGAAGAAAGUCAACCAGAGUCUUUUGGAUUUAAUUUCAGUUGGUGAAAAACACAAAGACCAUCACUUUUGUGACUUCAUUACUAAUGAAUACUUGGAAACUCAGGUACAAUCUAUGAAACAACUUUCAAAUUAUAUUACCAAUCUACAUCGUGUCGGUAACGGUCUUGGAGAAUAUAUCUUUGAUAAGGAGACUUUACAUGGAGAGAGCCAGUGAUCUGGUUUACUCAGAUUAUUAUUAUUAUUAGCUGUGUGCUAACUUCAAUAAACAUUAUUUUGUAAAAUCAAUAAUGCAAAUAGAUAAUUCUGUGUAUUGUAAAGCUUACUUGAGUGUUAUUUUAACUGCUGCUAGUAACUACUAAAAUAUAAUUACGUGAACAUGUAUAAAAUUAUUUAAACGCAUGAGAUUGAGAUGGUUUUCAGUAGAACUUGUAACAAAUAGUUCAUACGGUUAAGAUAUACCGAAGUAUACAUUCUUCAUUCAUUUUAAGAAG